AACAAUGAGUUUUGACUUGCACGACAAGCUUGACUUCAUAAACUCGUGCUUCAAAUCUGAGUACGACGAGUCUAUUGUCGAUAUUUUGGGCGAACUGAAAGAGUUGUUGCAGUUCGGAGUGUCAGACAAGGACGAAAUCGAGGCAGCCAAUGAGGCUGUCUUCUUCAAGAGCAACGAAAUGUUUUUCGGCUGGUUGAACCAAAGUUCCAGUCGGGCCGAUGACCAAAUUAGACUAACGCUAUUAUCUUUGCUGAAAAUGUGGACCGAAAAAGUUGAACCGCUACUGGUUAUGAAAUACUCAAAAGCCGCAUUUGACAACCUAUUCGUGUUUGUCAAACAAGCGAAUACAUCGGCCAAAGUUUUGCAAUCGGCGUGUAAAUGCCUGGAGUCUAUCUUGACAAAGUGCAGCGAGUGUGGGAGUGUAGAAAUAGCCAAAUGUGACCAGCUGUUUGCUGAUGUUUUCACCAGAAUGCGAAGUGGAAAAGAGAAAAGCCUGAUGGUUCAAGAGGCAUUACUGGAACUGUUGGGAACCCUUGCCUCAAACCAACCGAAAGUAGUCGAAAGUCAACGGAACAAGUUUGAAGAAAUUAUGGUGAAUGGAAUUAAGAACCAAGUUGAAAGCAGGCGCAAAUUUGAGCUCACCUUAACGACGGGUUAUAUUGCCGCUUUGAAUGGCUUUUACAUGCAGUUUGCUCCGUCGCCCGCUUUUGAACAGAAAGUAAUCAGCUUAAUUUCAGUUGUGCUUCAAACGAAUUCUUUCGCCGAAAUGAGCAGAUACAGUCUUCAAACUGUCGCUCUGAGGUUUCUGAAGUUGCAUUUGGAUAAGUUUUCUUCUUUUCUCUUGGAUUCAUAUCCCGACAUUUACACCAAGAUUGACUUCUAUGUCCAGCAAAACAACCCGGCGCUGAGUCAUUCCGCCCACGAGGCCAUGAUUUCCUUCCAAGAGGCUUUAGUUGCCUCAAUGCCAAUGUUGAUGCGUCGAGACGAAAACAAGAGUUCGGGCAAGGGCAAAGCCCUAUUUGUAUUCAUGUACGAAAAACUGUUCGCAACAUUUACAAAAGCAGAUGCAAAACCGAAGCAGCUAGCCUUAGCCAUUGAGGGCCUUGGGAGACUUUCGCCGUUCUGUGAUACGUUUUUAGGUUCUGCAAAAGUGUGUGAGCUUUUUUCUCAUCUUGUUGAGAAAUGCAAACAAAUAAGAUUGGCUUUUCUGUACCAGUCGAGUAGUGAGUUUUCUGUUGAUUCUGAGCAGUCUGCCAAUUGGCAAAGGAUGCACUAUUAUCCCAAUAUCGUCAAAUCAUUGGCCGAAAUUAUUUUGUCCAAUGAAAUAGCAGAACUGUUUUUGCUGGCCGAAAGUAAUUCUAAUGCGAUUCUAUCUUUCUGUACUUUUUUGAUAUCUCGUUUUCCUUAUCAAUUGCCGCCACAGCAAUCAUUUUCAUCCAAGGCUAUUUUGUCGGUGAUCGGCGCAUUUAACCUUCGAAAAUUAGACAGCGAAAGUUGUUUUUUGUCUCAUUUUUGGAUGCAAUGUUUAAUUAGGGCUUGUCAACAUUCGUCUGUCAAUGCUUUGAUUCAAAUUGGAACCCCCGAUUCGAGUUCUGGAGAAAAAGUGCUGUCCUAUAAAAAUUACAUUCCUUUCAUUGAAUAUUUACUCACUCUGAAAAAUUACUUCGCUCUAAAGGAUGAAAACUUCGACGAUGAUCAUCUUGAACAAUGUUGGAGAAAAGUUCGGAUCGAGUUCAUGGAGACAGUUUUGAAAUUGGUAGAAAUUCUGAACUUGAAAGCCAAAAAGUCUCAAUCAACAAAUCAAUCAAAGCAAAUUGAAACUAACAUGAAUUUGACGGUUGAAAAACCUUCUGAUGUAGAAAUAUUUGUAAAUUUGGCAGACAUUUGGAGUACUAUUUCCUCUCAGAAAAAUUUUGCUUCUGGUUUGAUUGUUUCGGAAGUUUCCCUUGUGGUUUCGUGUGUUGAAAAGUUACUUGACUAUGCCAGGGAAUUUCCACAUUUAAGUGGCUGGUUCAAACUUUUAACCAACUUCUUGGCUUUAAUAUACUCUUCCCAAAAAGAGGCUGAAAGAGACACUUUGAAGGAUGUACACGGAAGACUUUCCCGCAGUUUGCUUCCUUUCUUGGGCUAUUUACAAAACGAAAUUGAUAGUUUUUCCAACGAAAUGCUCAUCGCCGCUUCGACAUUUGUGCUGAAAUGUCCCGUAGAAUUGGUUUUGAACUGUGACAAAGAAAUGAAUCAUGUCCGCAAAAUCGUUGAAACUGCUUUUUCGCUACAAUAUAUGCCAUUAGCUAAAACUUCUCUGGAGUUCCUGCAAAGCUUAGUUUCUGAAUAUUACGAAAGUUCUUCUAAGAAGCAAAAAUUGCUGGAGAUUUCGAAGUCAAUUGCCCCCAAACUCUAUCCAUACCUCUGUGUCGAGACUUCGGACUCGCUAGAAGACAAAAGUCACCUGGUUUCCUUGAGGAAGAAACAGUCUCGCUCUAAAAUAAAGCAUCUAGUCAACACGGAUCUGUCCGAAGUUGACCCCGAAGAAAUGAGGAACUUCCAGGAGAGGGUCAUCAUUUUCCUCUCCUUCUUGCCAAUGCCUAUUGAACAAAUUUUUGUGCGUGAUGAAAGUGAAUGUGGGAACAAUUUGAUAUCCAUCAAUGGUCUUGAUGAUGCAAAAAUGACAUACGCCGUUCCGUUUCGAGAUACGAAACCCAAAAUUAAAUUCGACAACAUGUUACUUCCAAUCAUUAAAAUAGCAGAAAACUCUCCAAACCGAAAGUCAAAAGUAGCUGCCUGUGAAUUAUUGCAUGCUUUGGCAAUUUUAACAGUCGGCAAAAACGCCCAGAUGCGUUCGGCUAAAAAUUUGAUCUCGUUUGUGUCGAUUUAUGAAGUGAUGUUUCCAGCUUUGAUCCGAUUGGCUGCCGACAAUGACUCAAUAGCCAAUCAGUUGUUCGAGCCCCUUUGCUUCCAGUCCAUUCACUGGUUCACGUCUGCUGCGUCUCAAGAGUCGCCUGAAACUGCAUGUCUUAUUUCCUCCAUUUUCGACCAACUGAGCUCCGAGCAUAGUUCGGCUGUUCGCAAUUUUGCUGCAAAAUGUUUGAAAGAAGUGUUUGAAUGGAGCAUCAAACAUUGUCCAAAAGACGAGCACCUCCUUAAAACCACUCGUUUGAAGCACAUCUGCAAGAUUAUUACUUUUAACGCCAAGAAUCCGAGUUUGAAGCUGAAAAUGUCGGCUAUUGUGGCUUUUGAGACUUGCAAGCGAACCUUAAGAGAGCAUAAAAUUCUAGUUGAUGCGUUUGCAAUGGAAUGGUUAUUCGCCUUCCUGGAUCUUUUGAGAUGGACAGAUAAUUGCGAAAGAAGUUCUGGAAUUUCUAAGCAAGCAAGCGAAGUGUUGCGUGGUAUCUCGCGAAUCAUUUGCAAGUACUCGGCUCUGUUUGAGAAGAGCUCGAACGUUCGAAGGAUCCCGUUUGGUUUGAAGGAUGCCACCCUUAAAGACACGUUAGGGCACCUGAUUCUGAGAAUGCGUAGUCCUGAAAUUGAGUACCGCAGAGCCAUCGUUGAAAUCAUCGGACAAUUGUGGUUAAACUCCUCGCAUGUUUCAUCCGCAAAUUUCUUCAAACACUUGACACAUGUUUCUGGAUGCAUUGAAACAUUUGAAAGUUCACUUUCACGAGUGCCAAAUUUCAAAAAAGAGGAAUCAAAUUUAAUUACUGACUUCUUGAACAGCCUGUUAGCUUUAGUAGAUUGCUAUUUGUGGAGUUUGGAAAAUGUGAAGCUUGAUUUUCAAAGUUUGCUCAACUCUGAAAAUACUGAAUUGUGGUCAAGAGUUUCCGCUUUUUUGAAAUUCGUGAGCUGUGACGCUUUUGAUGAAACCAAGCAAAAAGUUUGCUAUCAAAGUUACUCUAAGCAAGAAUCAUUUGAAAAGGUGUGUGCUAAUAUAACAGUAGGGCUAAUGAACUUGCUUUGCUCUAUGAACAGGAAGUGCCGGUCUAAAGAUGUGGCUAAAUUGCUAUCAGGCGUGUUUGGCGAAGAGUACUGCAACCUUAUUUGUACUGCAAUCUUCACCCCAAAUCAGUUAGGAUUGUCUUCCUUGGGUCGAGAUGAUUUCCAGUCCUUCUCCCAACUUCUAAGCGAAACUUCGAAAAUCGUUCAAUCUUUGUCCACUGCAAGAAUAUUCCUCGAAAGCAAAAUUAGAGAAAACAUUUUCGUGCACUCCAAAUUGAAUGCAGAAAGUUUUGUUCUCAUUCAAAGAUUGAAAGAAGAGAACUCAGGUUUGCCUCAGCGUGAACUGAUUAGUCUCAUCGAAUCAUGUGUCAUUUGCUUGCGAUCCUUUCAGACAAUUUUUUCUCAAGAUUUGAGACAAGAAAUUUCGAAAUCACUCUUGACAUUUUUGACGUCAAGUGAUUCAACAACAAAUAUUCUGAGAAGCGAUUUGGUCCAGAAGAUUCUAGAACUUUCUUGGGAGUUCCAUUUUGAGCCUUCAGUGUUUGCUCACUUGGUGACUAGAACUAAAGCUUCUGGAAAUAAUAUGAAAAAGCAGAGCUUAUUUUCAAGAUGUCAGGCAAAGUUUAGCGAAAAAUGUGUCGGCGAAAUAGAAAAGUGCGCAUCGUUUUUGUUACAGAUUCAAGAUGGAGCAAAAUUGAUGAAGUUUAUCGGUUCUGCAUUGGAUACGUGGUUUAUAAACAGACAAAAGUGGGAGAUAUCAAAUACUGAACGAAACAAGAGCAUCACUACUUUUCUGAAUGUUUUGGAUCAGAUAUGUAAAAUCCACGAUGUCGAAAUAAGCGCCGACAAUCAACUUGUGGAUGACAAAUCUGCGAUUUUAAUCAAUUUAGUUUCACUCGAUUCUGAGAAGGUUUUGAACAAAAAAGAGCAUUCAAACAUAGUUAUAGAGCAUUUUUGUUCUACAUUGCAACGGAAAAAUGUGCAGCUGUCUUCAAAGUGCCGAUCUUUAGAUCUGCUUCCGUUUCUGCUCAAUGUCGAAGACCAGAUAAUAGAAGAAAAGGCUUUUGCUUGUUUGAAUGAAUUCACAAACAAUGAACUAAAUGUUCAAGAAAUUAUGAGUUGUAACGUUGAUGAGUGCAGUUUUUUGAACAACAACGGUUCAAAAAAUUACAUCAAAGUGAGUUUCGAGAAGCUGUUUUUCGCUCUGAGAAUAACUUCAAAUCACACACUUCUGAAACUACUUAUCGCCCCUGUUUGUCGCGAACAAAAGUUCCCUUAUCUAGAACAGUUCAACGCGUCCCUGGAGUCGGCUGUUCUCGCAUCCAAAUGGAACGUGGCCAAUAUUUCCAAGAUAUUUGAGGAAACUCUGAACAUGGCUCUAGGAAGUUACACUCUAAUGCCACAAGUGAGAAGAAGGGUUUUCGAGCGUGUUUUAAAGCCGCUCAUUAAUGGAGCUUCAACGAACGUAUUCAAGCAAACUUUCUUGCAAACACUUGAAAAACUAAUAGCCGUCAUUGAGUUUUUCGAAAAUCUGAACCCUUUGAAUCGGGCAAACAACGAGACCAUGUUGAUAGAUAAGGUUCUGGACUUAGAAAUUGUUCUUUCUAUUUUUGAAGCCGCUGUUCAAAUUUUGGCGCCGUCAGAAUUUUCAAAACUGGAAUCAGAACUCAAUCAAAAAUUUCACGCAGUUUCGAAGCGUGAUGGGAAAAUGUCGUUCAUGAAAUUUUUGCUGCAGACUAGUGCCAACUGUAAGAACCAAGUUUUAAUUCCACCAAAUGUGCCAAAAGUAGACAAAGACGUUUCUGGACAACUUGCGUGUGUAGCCUACCAAUGUCUAACAAGUGUAAUCAUGAACUGUGUGAACAAAUCCGAGUUCUUCGUUUCCUUUCUUCUGGACGAGAAACCAAAAAAUCAAAAGUUGUGGCUGAGUGUUUUGAUUGAGACGGACUCAAUGUUCCAGUUUGCAGCCGAAGUAACUUCCCCGCAGGCUGUGAAGAUGAAGCGACUCGAGUUGAGGUCUAGGCGUUCUUUUAGAAGACAGAAUUCGGGUGCCAUGACCUCUUUCCCUUUUUCGGAGAGUGGGUGGACGCAGCGCAACUACCUGUCAUCUCUUCACAUUCAGGAUAGUAGCGUAAGAGAAGAGCUGGCUCAGUUCGACUUCAACGACGCAUCUGUGCGAUUGCCUCCUUCAGCCCGUCAGGAAGCAUGGGGAGAGCCUGACCAGGAACCCAUGGACGUCGACGGGGAAUCGCGAGAUACUCCCAGAGAGUAUCUGGUUCCGAAUGUGGUCGAGGAUCCUGUUACAUCAUUGCCUAUAUUUACUACUGUUGUUCACAUCGUGAAGCAUCUGAGCAGUCUGCAACAAAAGUCGGAAGCGAGUUCAAGUGUGCUUCCAGUUGCAUCACAACACACAUCUAAUGCCACCAACUUGCCCAACUGGGUUGGCAAGUUUCAGCUGCAGUUACAAACAGCUCAACAUGUGAAUGUGUUGGUGUUUGUAGCAAAAGUGCUCAUUUUGUGUGAGGACGACUUCGCAGCCUGGGCUGAUUCACUUCUGCCUGAUCUCAUUCGGGUGCUCGAAAUGUAUCUCUCCCAGUCUAAACUCAUAACAUCGUUUGUAGUGGAGCUAACGUGUUUGGUUGCCGAUUGGUACCAACUAGUCAAGGCUCACAACUCAGCCUUCCAACUGGGCAAAAUCGAGAAGUCCAGUUUGGACAGGAUUUUUACUCUCAUGGUCCAACACGCGGCACAUUCGAACUCGGCGUUGAUGAAAAACAACCUCGAACUGCUCAAAAUUCUAAUGGAAAAUUUCAAAUGUUUUCUCGAGUUCGAUUUUAAUGUAAUUUAUGAUAAACUGCGUUUAACGCCGACAGAAAAAUCGCCCGAAUUAGAAUCUGGGAUCCAGAUUUUGGGUCUAAUUGCCGCGCACAAAUGCCCGACAUUUCCGAGAAUCUCGAUAAUUGAACGGUGCACUAUGUUUCAAUCGUUAACCAAGCAUUUGACAAAUUCUAAUGUGCGAGUGUAUGCGCCAGUGGCUGAAACAGUUGGCUUAAUUUUAUCCUUUUAUCGCGGAGACGCUACAGAUGAAUUGUUGUUUGAAGAGCUGAACAAAACAGCAGUUCAAGCUUUGGUCCUAGUGAAGCAAAGUGAGGGUCGUGUUAACUCGCUGGGACGCUUCUUCUCAAUCUUUUCCUACAUUUGCGAUCGGUUCAGCCAGUUCGGGUCUGAGAUGGUGGACCAGGCAUUCUUCUGUCUGUCCAAUUUGACAGGAAGAGCGAAGGUAGACUGUCUGAAUGUCAUAUACCAUCAUUGCACUACUCACCCCAACGCCUUCUUAUCCCUCAAAAGUCACGGAAUUUUGUCGAACAUGUUGUCUAAUUUGGACUCUGCAGUCCAGUUUGCCAGUCUCAGAGUUCUUCACCAGAUGGUCCAAGUGUUAACAGAAGAGCAAUAUCAGGACGUCUUAGAUGUUAUCUGCAGAAGAGCUUCCGACCACCUCGCCGCUUCCAGUUCCAGACUAAAAAUGUUCCAAAUUUUAAUGGAAAUGCACAAGAAAAGUAAGGAUUCAAAUUUGCACUUAGCUAAAUCUGUUUUGAGAUUCUUAAUUCGAGGGGUGGGAGACUCGGAUAAAGUGAUCUCUUUGGCCGUUCUCACUUACAUCUCGAAACUAGACUCGCUGCCAGAAUCAGUUUCGGAGAGAAUUUUGUCUCUGUUCCAUAAUUUCUACAACCACGAGCAUAGUUCAGUUUUCAUCAAGUAUUGCAUCAACGUCAUCUUUGAUGCGUGCAGCCGAAGUCCAGACUAUUCGGUGGAAAUGUUUGAACAUCCUCUGGACAAAUGUUCCUUCGAAAGUGUUCCUAUCCAAAACGCCUGGCUCAAUCACCACUCUGGCUUACUGCCCAUGUUCAUAGACACUCAGCCCCUGGUUAAAGUCACGGAAAGCUGGCAAGCUCUGGGUUUUUCCCAAUCUAUGGGCCCUGAUUCGUCCUCUUUAUCGUCGUCUUCGAAUGCAUCUGGAAAUAUUAGAGCGACUUUGCAAAACAAAAACAUGCAGUUUACAGCAACCAAUGUGAGUUUUGAAGCGUCUCAAACCUUCUCUUGGCUAGAUAACGCAGGCGAUGGAUCGAAUCCCAGCCAGGGCGAAUCUUCGCAGGCUUCUUAUGAGUCGACCCUUGUUGCGGAUGUUAGAAAUGAGUCGAAAAGAGUUGCCUCCAAUCGAGGAAAGCGAAGAGUGUUAGUGCGUACUGAGAAUGGAUUUAAAGACGUAAUAGCUGAUGAAAUGCAGGACAAAGGCGGAACAAAAGUUAGUGCUAGAGAUCGCGUUAGACUCACAGUCUUGGCUAAACGAGACAGCAAUGAAGAGAAGUCUUAUUUCGUGAAGAAAGCGUACGAUGCAGCUAAAGAACGGAAUAGAACGACGAUUGAAGCGUCAGUCCGGAAGGCAAACGAAGUGGUCAUCUACCGCAACUACAGAGUCGGAGAUAUUCCCGACAUCCAAAUCAAGCACUCGGAUUUGAUAGUUCCAUUACUGGCGUUGGCGCAAAACGAACCAACUAUUUGCUCACAGCUUUUCGUCCAAGUUUGCGAAGGCGUUAUUGCUAAUAUGGUUGAUUCCAAUUCGGUCGAUGAGGGUUUUUGGGCUGAAAUUUCAGAAGCGUUCAGUGCUGUUCUGAAUGAAUGUCAGUCUAAUGGAGACCAGUUACUAGUUCAAUCGAUCAUCUCUAUCGCCGCAAAAUGGCCUGCAUUUGUGAAACUCGACUCAAAAAAGCUGGUUAUGAGCUCGAUUGAAAAUAAACAAGAACUUUUUGCUGUUGCGUAUCUGGAACAACUAUCUCUUGAAAACAUUGAAAAAUCAAGUGCAAAUAGUGUAGCCUCUGUAAAACGGCGAAAAUUGGACGAAAAUUAUGAUGUUUUGCGCCAAGUUAAUUUCUCAUUGGUGAAGUUGUUCCGAUCUAUCGGCGAUUUCGAUCACACUCACAGUUUUCAAGUUGGUAAUUUCCCAGAACUUACGAAGCAGUUGAUAAAACUAGAAAACUCUCGAAAGUACAAGCAGGCUAUUUUGGACUGCAAAGCGGCAUUAGAAGAAUGCAAAGAUGAUGAAAACGCGGAAGAUGAAGAAUUGUGGAAUGACAUUUUGGUACGCAGCGUGAGUUCCCUGUGUGACUGGAAACAACUCGCGUCGCUUUUCGAUUCGGAACUCAAUUUGGAGGAAAACGAUCAUAUCUUUUCGGGAACUCAUUACAAGUCGUUAGUCGAUGCAAAAUGUAAGGCUCUCCUGGAUGAUUUGGAUGUGUCGGAUGAUUUCUGCUCCUACUUGGAAAAAGUGACGAAUGAUGCAGCCAGUAGGAAAGAGUUCUCCCGCAGGUUUCCUCUCGACAUGAGUCUAGUGCUGGUGAAGCAAGGGUACCCGUUCAAUGCCAAAGACAUCAUCAGGAGCUACGCUCUACCUCAGUUGCAGUUCUCGCUCCGCAGUCUAAUGUUCCCGAGGGGGUUAACAGUCACUUUGGACACAGAAAGGUGUCCUCAAUUUCACCCUCUUUCUCAACUGAUCAAGUUCUUGUGCUCGAACCACCAGAAUUUAACGCAAGAAAAGUCAGCCUGCUUGAUAGAGGAAGUAACAAAAAGUGAAAUGGAUCCCACUACAGUGUCUACUUCUACUUGGGAAGAAGUUAGACUUGUCCGCAAAAUAUGUCUGGAAUUUUUGACAGAAUUGUCUGGCAGCCCCGAUCGCAAACUAGAAGCCCUGGCGGGGUCGAAAAUGGUGGAUUAUAACAUAGACUUCGCGUUAGCUGCCGUGAAGCAAUCUCGAAUCGAGUUGGCAAACCGAGUGCUGAACCAAGUUCGAAGCGCUCCUUCUAUCAACGUUAAUUUAGUUCAAGCUUUUGAAUGUGAGUUGAUGAAUGUUGACUACUUGGUAAAAGUGGCGUCAAUUCAUGAUAAUCCAAAAGUGGUCGAGACUCAUUUCAGGCAAUCGGUUGAUGCUCUUAUAUCUUUUCUCAAAACCGAUGUAGUUUCGAAUCAUGCCAACUACAAUAAAUUUUUGUCGGCACUAGCUAGAAGUUUUCUGUCUAUUCAUAACUUCAAUCCAACUGAUAGCAAACUAGUUUCUGGAAUAACACCUGUUCACAACCAGAAGUUUCCCAACCAUUUCAUGCUUCCAUGGAGUCCCGAUUGCAGCCCUCGAGAUCUGGUGGAUGCCUCCUACAAAACUCUUCAGACUUGUUGCGCGUUCCCGAUGCAAAAAGACGACGAAGUUUCUGCCAAAAGUUUCUUUGACUUGGCCAAAUUUUGUGUCAAUUUUCUGGAUUCUCAAAGUGAACAUGCAUCAGAAAAUGAAGUUGUUUUCGCCGCAGAUGUUCUUCGCUCACUCUUGACAUCAGUUUGCGAGGCCCUCAGGUGUGGCAAAGUUGAAGCGUCUGCUCUUUUCCCAAGAUUGGUCGCCUUAUUAGCCUAUCAAAUGCCAGCAGCGAUCGAAGUGAAUUUUGAAAGAGAAGUGUCCAAAGUUCCAACUUGGAUGUUUUUGAGCUGGGUCGAACAAAUCAUGAGUUAUGUGAGCGAACCAAAUUUGAACAAAUUGCUGAAACCUGUGAUCAUUGCAAUAGCUACUGACUACCCUCAGGCAGUGUAUUUUCCAUUCAAAACUACCCUAGAAGCCACUGAGAAAUUGUCAUCAGAGAAAACUUUUGUCCAGCAAGUGGCAAGUUUGGUGAAAAAUGAGGUUCUGGAGCGAGUUCUGCAAGAGUUGGAAGAAACUGCCUUGACACCCCUGGUUGCGUUAAGUGAUUUAAUGAAAGAAUUUUCAAAGCUUCUGCCGAACGAGAGAAUCGCUGCGUACAGUAAACUCUGCAACGAGCUUUUUGGUGAACAGGAUUCGAGCGCAGAAAUUGUCCAAUCAUUGUUCAAAAAACAACUGGCAGCAAAUUUGAAACCCAAAUUGGAGAAGUUUUGGGGACCAAAGGGUUCCAAGCUAAAAAGUAAAGAAAUGAAAAGUAUUCGUCAGGACUUGGACCAAUUGAGAAAUUAUCAUUCGGACGAGUUCAAAUUACCGAGCACCUUGGCUGAAUACAGUGGUUAUUUGGCGAAUUUCUCUGAAAUUAACCCUUACAGUUCUGUAGAACUACCAGGUCAGUAUGACGGCAAAAACAAACCGGACACUUUGGCUCAUGUGAAAAUUAGUGGGUUUCGAAACGAAGUUAGAGUCUUGGAAUCGAUAAGGAAGCCUAGAAAAAUUUGCAUUCUGGGCUCGGAUGAGCGCGAAUAUUCUUUCUUGCUGAAGGGAGGAGAAGAUUUAAGACAAGAUGACCGUCUGAUGAAAGUGUUCAAGCUGAUGAACAAAUUUCUAGAAGAGAAUUCGGAGACGAAGCAGCGCAAACUGGUCGUUCACACCUAUGAUGUAACUCCUAUGACCUUGAAAUUGGGUUUGAUUCAGUGGGUUCCCAAUACAACCACAUACCAAAUGCUCUUUGAACAGGCAUGUGGAGCUAAGAAAGUGGACGACGCCAAGAAAAACAUGCACAAAAAGGUCACCGGCUAUUUGGGACCAGGGAAAGAUUUUCAGAAGUUCUUCUAUCUCUGGACAAAAGGCGCGAAACAAUCAGAAGCACAACAGUGUCUCCGAGAAUCGUCAUCAAAGAUCGGAGAAUUGAGUUUCAGAAAAGCUAUUGAAAAGCUAUCAGUUUCAGCUGAUGCGUUCAUUGUUCUGAGAGAUCGAUUUAUUCGAAGCUACAGUUGCAUGAGUCUAGCUCAUUACAUUCUGGGAAUCGGCGACAGACACACGAGUAACACACUGGUGGAUCUGAAGUCAUGCUCAGCUGUGGGCAUUGAUUUCGGCCAUGCGUUCGGAACAGCCACUCAGUUCUUGCCCGUUCCAGAGCUGACCCCGUUUCGAAUGACCCCUCUAAUGGCUGGCCUGACUGUUCCGAAGGUUUCGCCAUCUGGUGGAAUUGUUCAUGCGACCAUGCUGAAAACAUUGGAGGCGCUGCAGGACAAUCAGGAGGCAUUGAUGAACAUUCUGCAGGUGUUUUUGAGGGAACCGGUGAUUGAUUGGGUCGAGUUUGCGAACAGACAAGUACAUGCAAUGCGUCGUGCAGGUAAUUUAGAUGAACAUUUGGACGAUACAAAAAUGUCGUGGUACCCGCAGCAGAAACUGAACUGCGUGAAGAGGAAGUUGAACGGUGGAAACCCCAUGUUGUUAAUGAAGUCAGAAGAACUGGACUUGAAUAGUCUGGUCAUGAAAGAUUCGGCCAGUUUGCUCCGGAUAAUAAUAGGGGAGAAAGGGAGUGAGAGGUGGAGCAUGCAGAAUGAGACUAGUUUGAACACUGAUCAACAGGUCACGUGUUUGAUAGACCAGGCCACAGAUCCCAACAUUCUAGGAAGGACUUGGAUAGGGUGGAGUCCAUUUGCAUAACAUGUUGGCGUCAGAGAAUGAACUUAGUGUUUCGAUGAUUUGAAACUUGACUCUUGAACUUUACAAAUCUGAACACAUUGAUUAAUUUUAUGCGAAUAAACUAACAAUUUUCAGCAAUUACAUCUCAC